UGUACGGGAGACGCUCAAAAUCCCCUUGAUCAUAAUCCCCUUGGUUGAUAAACGACAUAGUGAUCGAAAUCCCCUCAACAGAAAUGACAGGGUUAUCAUAAUCCCCUUGGCAAAAAUAAAGGGGUGGUCAUAAUCCCCUCAGUGGGUAGUCAAAAUCCCCUCAAAUAAUUUCUUUUCUUAUUUUUCUUUUUAGUUCAAUGAAUUUAAGAACCAACUGCUUCAAGAAUUGCUGAAAAAAAGAGAGAAAGCAUACAAACAAUUAAAAGGUGUAUGUUUGUCACAGCCAGUUAAUAAUGACACCCUUUAUUUGAUGUUAUUAUUGCUGAGAAAAUUGUAAAAUACAAACAAAUAAAUGAUAGUUGAUUAUAAUUAAUCAUUGCAAUUAUAGUUAUAUGUAACAAACAAUCAAUUAAUCUUUGCAAUGAUAAACACCUUUAAAGGCAAAUUUGUUGCACACUAGCUUUAGAUCUUUCCAGAUAAUAACUUAAAAUGAGGCUAUUAAUUGCAGUUUGCUAUCUAAAAUUACUUCAUCUUUGUUUUACUUAACUGCAAACUGUUAUUUUGUUGGGUAUAUAAUAUGAUGGCUCUCUGCAAUAGACAUGAAUACCCAAAAUGGAAUUCAUUACAAGUAACAAAGGUUCUCGUAAGCUUCUGUAUGAAGGUUAUGCCUACACAAAGAAAAAUGAAAAUAAGUCCUCAAUGCGGUGGGAAUGCUCUCAGAGAAUUGGUCUGAACUGUAAAGGUGCACUGACUACUGAUUUACAUGUGUCUUCUGUCAAAUCUGAAACCGCGCACAGUCAUGCUCCUGACAAAUUUGCAAUGCAGGCACUUAAAGUCCGCAGUGAGAUAAAAGCAUCUGCUGAAGCUAACCGUGGUAAACCCGGACAGAUAGUAACAGAUAAAUUAUCGCUGCAGCCUACAGAGGUUAUUGCUGCCAGUUCCGUAAAGAGUUUGAAGCAAACUGUGAGACGCGCCAAGAGAGGAACAGCACCUAAGAACCCAUCAACAAUCAGAGAUGUUCCUGUUCCUUUCCCUAUUGAGUUUGCAAGUAAUGUCAUCUACGACAACGAGUCUCCAGACAACCGUAUCCUCAUCUUCGCCACUAAUGACGGUCUUCGCCUCCUAGAUUGUGCAUCCAGAUGGUUUAUGGAAACGAGUGAAGAAGGCCACUAA